UCUUGCUUCAUUAUUAGCUCAUCCAACAAAGGUGAAACCAACCGACUUAGCAUGCUAUCUGGCGGGCGCUCCUGAACCGUUGCUCUUAUUGUCUCCCGGUCGUCUUUCUUUCUUUUUCCACCCACCCCUCGCUCUUGGUUUCAUCCUGCGUGACUAUGCAUAACUUCAAGCGACUCUUCUAGUCGUGUCGCCUUGUCUAAAUGCCAUCUCUAAAGCGCCCUCGAACGUCCCCACGGGCUCCAGAAUCCGAUGACGAGAGCGAAUCAGAAGUCUCUCCUGUCCGUUCUUAUUUGCAAAAACGCACUCGGAGGUCUAACUCCUUAGCCACAGAUGACAAUAGUGGGGUCAGCGCCGAUGAUAAUGAAGGACUCGAUCCUGGUUUGAUCAACGAGGCCCUUGGUGAUGAAGAAGAUGAUUUAGAACUGCGCGCUACACAAGUGAUUCAGGAGAAGUACUCCUUUGCCAGUGACGAGCCAAAUGUGCCUGCUGAACAUGGCAUCCUUGAGCGGGUGGAAUGCUACAACUUCAUGUGCCAUGAUCGCUUCUAUGUUGAGCUAGGUCCGCUGAUAAAUUUCAUCGUCGGCAAAAAUGGCAGUGGGAAAAGUGCAGUUCUUACGGCUAUCACGCUCUGCCUCGGUGGUAAAGCUUCCGCCACUAAUCGAGGCCAGAGCUUGAAAAGCUUCAUUAAGGAAGGAAAGGAGACUGCUACAAUCGUUGUACGGAUCAAAAAUCAAGGCGACGGUGCAUACAUGCCGGACGACUACGGAAGAUCAAUUAUCGUAGAACGCCACUUUUCGAAGAACGGCACCAGCGGCUUCAAGAUAAAAGCGGAGAACGGACGCAUAGUAUCUACCAAAAAGGCAGAACUGGAUUCUAUCAUUGACUUUUUCACCUUGCAAUUCGACAAUCCGAUGAACGUGCUCUCACAGGAUAUGGCUCGUCAAUUUCUGAGCACAUCGAGUCCUGCUGAGAAGUACAAGUUCUUCGUAAAGGGGGUUCAAUUAGAACAGCUCGACCAAGACUAUCGGCUGAUCGAGGAAUCAGCGGAUCAGAUAGAAGAAAAACUCAGGAACAGGGAGCAAGAUAUUGAGCACUUGAAAAACCGCAGGGAUGCGGCAAAACAAAAGCUUGACAUCUCUGAUCAACAUGAAUCUCUCAGGAAUCGGCUCCGGAACACUCGAAGUCAAAUGGCUUGGGCGCAAGUUGAAGAGCAAGAACAGAUAAAAAGCUCUCUUGACGAUGAACUCGUUCGCGCCCACGACAGGAUAACAACUGCUGAAACUGAAUUGCACGGGUUUGAUGUGGCUAUUCGGGCAGCUGAGAGCGAAACUGAAACUGCCUCGGAGUAUGUUCAACAAGCCAAGCACAGAGUUGACGACGCACAGACGGAGCAGGAGAGAAUGAAAUCUGGGUGGGAUGAAAAAAUGAGUGAACGACAUGACCUUCAGGCUGAGCAACGUAAGAUAAGGGAAUAUCUGAAGGCAGCAGAAACACGAAUCAGCGAAACGCAAGAGAAAAUCACCGAGGAGAAUCAGCGGUUGGCUGAACUCCAUGGGGGAAGUUACGCUCGGAAACAGGAACAACUAGAAGAGGCUCGAUCCGAGGCUGUCCAGCUUCGAGAACAGUACGAUGAGCACCGACGCGAGCAUGGUCGCCUCAAUCGGGAACUAGAAGAAGCCAGCAAGGCGGUUACCAUGGCAUCUACUCCGAUCAGCAAAGCCAGGGCAGAUGUGGAGCAAGCUGAAUCUCGUUUAAGCAUUCUCAACGAAGAAGGGGGUAUUAAAAACUCGGGGUUUCAUGCAAAGAUGCCCGGGCUUCUAAGGGCAAUUCACCAGGAGCGAGCAUUCAACAGACAGCCCGUCGGCCCCAUUGGAAACCACGUGACCCUGUUGAGGCCCGAAUGGUCAUCGAUACUCGAGAACUCUCUCGGUGCGACUUUAAACAGUUUCAUCGUUACUUCAAAAAGAGACAUGAAUAUUCUCUCAAAGAUCAUGCAGAAAGUCAAUUGCGUGUGUCCAAUAUUCAUAGGGAGUGAUGGGAUUCUUGACACAUCGGAACACGAGCCAGACUCUCACUUUGACACCGCAUUACGAAUUCUCCAAAUCGACAAUGAAUUAGUCCGCCGCCAACUGAUCAUCAACCAUGGCAUAGAACAGAUGCUAUUGAUUGAGAAACUGGAUGAGGCAUCCUCUGUGUUGUUCGAUGGGCAAAGACCCAGGAAUGUAAAACGCUGCUAUUGUAUUGAUCAAGCAGACAGACGGCGUGGCAUUCAUCUCUCUUACAGUCGUACUGGCGAGCCAAGCCAGGCCCCUGUAUCGGUGUACAACGGAAAUCCGCGAAUGAAGUCUGACCUGGCUUCUCAAAUUAGGGUUCAACGUGACGUGGUGUCGGAUCUGAAACGCAAUCUAAAUGACUUGGACCAAAACCUCCGUCUUGCCCGAGCACAAGUGGAGAGUUGCAGGCAAGCUCGCACAAGACACGAAAGAAAAACAAACGACUUGCGCGUUUCCAUGCAGCAGAAGGAAGAUCUCGUCGAAGAACUCUCAGGCGCACUUGAUAGAGAAGCGGUAGAGGAUGGACAUCUUGAUGUGCUGCGGGCUACUCUUGAAGAGGCCGAGGAAGAGGAGCGUCUUAAUUCAGGAUCAUUGCAGGACAGCAUCAGUGCAAUGAAAACAAUGAUGACGGAGCUGAAAGCAAUACAGCAACAGCUCGCUGCAAAAGACGCCGACAUUCUUGCUUUAAAGGAACAAGUCCGAGUUGCUCAAAGCGAGGAACUCCUAGGGACAGAGAAACGUCGGAGCAUCAUCAGCGACAAGAAUGCUGCUUUGGAUCGAAUCCAGGAGUUAAAGCGAGAGAGUGAAAGCAUUUCCCAGGAAAGAGAAGAGGUUGCUGCUCGCAUCCUCGACUACAGUGAGAAGGCUAAUUUGGUUUCGCCACGAGUCGCCAUCUCCGAGGGUGAAACGCCUGACAGUUUGGACAAAAAGCUUGACAAGCUUUACAAAGACGUCCAGCGAUACAAUGAGCAGUUAGGAGCGUCUCGAGAUGAGAUUGCUUCUGAAGCCGAGAGAACUGCUGCUGAUCAUGAACGAGCUUUAAGACAAGUACGAGAGUUCAAACUACUUGCAAAUGUUCUGAAAGCAACUCUUGAAUAUCGUCAAAAGCGUUGGAAAAUCUUCAGAUCACAUAUUUCAUCCCGUGCCAAAGCACAAUUUACAUACCUCUUGAGUGAAAGGAGUUUUCGCGGCCGACUCUUGACUGAUCAUGAAAGCAAACUACUUGAUCUACAGGUCGAGCCUGACAUAACAAAAGACAGCACUGGUCGUGGUGCAAAAACUCUUUCUGGGGGUGAGAAAUCAUUCUCCCAAGUCUGUCUACUCUUGGCACUUUGGGAGGCCAUGGGUUCUCCAAUCCGUUGUUUGGAUGAAUUUGAUGUGUAUAUGGACCACAUCAAUAGAAAGAUGGCCAUUGAUAUGCUUAUGCUCGCUGCGAGGCGGUCAAUUGGCCGGCAGUUUAUUCUUAUCACGCCAGGGUCAAGAGCUGAAAUUAGCUUCGCACCUGAUGUUCGAGUCAAGGAACUAGCUGAGCCCGAGCGAGGGCAAACUAGAUUGUCGUUUCGACGGUAAUCAAGAAGUCCCCAAGUUCCGUGCCUCUUGCCGUUCUUGGUCUUUCUCUCCAGGGCAAAGGCGUCAUCAGCAGCUGAGCCUAGGGUGCUUGGAUUUCGUUGGUAUAAGGAGAUCUAUGAUAAUAAACAGCCAACCUAGAAUACCUACUUUUCUUAGAAACCUCACAUGAGAGCGUGGC